AUGCGUUUGGUUUCAUGGAAUUGCAAUGGAAUACGUAAUUUAUUUGACUAUUAUCCAUGGUGUUCAGAAAAAUCAUUUGAGUUUAUGUUUAAAAAGCUUGAAGCAGAUAUUAUAUGUUUUCAAGAAACAAAAAUACAAAGAAAAGAUUUAACUUACGAUAUGAUAAAUGUCCCUGGAUAUUUUGCAUUUUAUACAUUUUCAAAAAAAAAGAAAGGUUACAGUGGAGUGGCGAUAUACGUUAAACAGUCUUUUUGUACACCACUUAAAGCAGAAGAAGGCAUUACUGGACGUCUUUUGCAUGCAGAUACAGGUGUUCCAUAUAUUGAAUCACCAGAAUCAGUUGCCAUAGGUGGAUAUACGAAAAUUUCAAAUCAACAUGCACUAGAACUAGAUCAAGAAGGCAGAUCUAUUGUUUUGGAUUUAAAUCUUUUUGUAUUAUUUGGCGUAUAUUGUCCAUUGAAUUCAGACCCAGAAAGAAGCAAAUUCAGGCGAGCAUGGAUGGAGACGUUAGAUCAUCGUAUUCGAAAUUUAAAAAAGAUGGGACGAAAUAUUAUUAUUAUGGGGGAUAUUAAUGCCAGUAGAGAUGCUAUUGAUACUUCAUAUGCACUUGAAGAGUUUCAGGAAAAUAAUACAAAUGGCUUAGAAGAUUUAGAUCAAAGAGCGUGGCUUAAUAAAAUUUUAUUACCACAUCCUGAAGGAUUCAUGAUUGACCUUUGCAGGCAUUUUCAUCCAAAUAGAAAAGGAAUGUUUACUUGCUGGAAUGCAAAAAUUAAUGCCAGACCUUGCAAUUUUGGAACUCGUAUUGAUUAUAUUCUUGUUAAUCAGGAGUUAUUACCAUGGUUUGAAUUUGCUGAUAUACAGAUGGACAUUAUGGGCUCAGAUCAUUGCCCAAUUUUUGCUGAAAUUAAAUCAAAAUUAUAUAACUGGGAAAAAAAUGGUAGAAUAAGCAAUAUACUAGAUCUUUUAAAUAAAUCAGGUACAUAUAUAAAUGGAGUAUUAAUAUCUAAAUUACCUAAACCUCCUCGAUUAGAAGCACAUAAUUUUCUUGAAUUUGCAUCUCGAGAUAUUAUAUCAAUGUUUAAAAAACAAGAAAAACAAAACAUUCAAAAAGAACAAAAUUUAACAUUUAGUACAAUAAAGUCUGUUAAAAGAAUAGCAUUUAAAUCAUCAUUAAACUCAUCAAAAAAAAAACGAUUAGAAAGUUUUUUAAAUCAGCCUCAUAUUAUUUCAUACUUUGAAGAUAUUCCCAAUGAAUUAAAAUGCCAUAUUAAAAAAGAAGAAAAAAAUACUUCUGCAUUUAAAACAUCAAAUUCUCAUGAAUCUAAAGAUAGGAGUAUUGGAACUGUAUUACAAACGGUUAAUACAUCACAAAAUAAUACAACAUUAAACAAGAAUGUUAUUGAAUUGCCAAAAAAAAAAUGGAAUGAUAUAUUUAAGAAACCUUCUCCUCCUUUAUGUAAUGUUCAUCAAAAACCUUGUAUUGAAUUACAAAGUAAAAAACCUGGUAUAAAUUUUAAACGAUAUUUUUGGAUAUGCUCUAACCCUGUUAGAAUGGAAUGUAGUAAUCAAGAUAUAUCUGAUUUUGAUAUGAAAAAUAAAUUUAAAUGUGAUUAUUUUAAAUGGAGUAGUAAUCAUAACCAAAAAUCUUCAACUAGAAUUAAUAAAAAAUAA